AUGGAAGACUUCUAUCGCAAACAGCGCCAACGCGCAAGGCUUCGAAGCCCUUGGGCCUGUUCGUUAGUGACCAUGGUCUGCACAGCCUUGUCGCUGCUGCUACUGGCGACGAUAGCGCAAUCCUUCCUCGGACGACAACUAGAUCCUAAGGGGUGCAACAUGUCAUACAUGCUGUCGGCGUUUGCCAAGUACACAGACUUCGACACGGAGCAUACGAGAUUCGCGACAAAGUACUCGCUGUAUCUGUAUCGCGAGGCUGGUAUUGAUCAAGACACAAGGGUCAAGGGUAUUCCGGUGCUCUUCAUCCCAGGCAAUGCAGGCAGCUACAAGCAGGUGCGCUCUCUGGCAGCAGAGGCAGCCAACUACUACCACGAUGUGCUGCAACACGAUGCGCAAGCCCAGCAGGACGGCAAGCGCCCCUUCGACUUCUUUUCGGUCGACUUCAAUGAGGACAUCACCGCUUUCCACGGCCAGACGUUACUGGACCAGGCCGAAUACUUGAACGAGGCAGUCGCAUACAUCCUGUCGCUCUACCACAAUCCCCAUCGAAGCCUCCGCGACGAAUCGCUACCCGAUCCUAAAUCAGUCAUGCUCGUCGGCCACUCGAUGGGCGGCAUCGUUGCUCGUACAAUGUUCACAAUGCACAACUACCAACCUAAUACCAUCAACACUAUAAUUACUCUCUCCGCCCCUCACGCCCGUGCACCUGUGUCUUUCGAUCAGGAUAUUGUCGACACCUACCAAAACAUAAACGAAUACUGGCGCAACUCCUACGCACUCGACCAGAGUCCGUUGGAUCAUGUUACUCUGGUAUCAAUCGUUGGUGGCGGUCUGGAUACCGUUGUGCCUUCAGACUAUGCCAGUCUGACUUCGCUCAUGCCCGAAUCGCAUGGCUUUACAGUCUUCACCUCAACUAUCCCCCAUGUCUGGACUGGUAUGGAUCACCUGGCCAUCAUAUGGUGUGAUCAGCUCCGGAAAGCAGUCAUCAAAGCUCUGUUCGACGUAGCUGACGUAAAACAACCUACCCAAACGAUCCCACGCGAGGAGCGCAUGCGCCACUUCCGGAGACGCUUCCUAACAGGCUUGGAACCAAGUGUGAAAAAGGCUCUCCCGGAGCAGGAGGCCAAAAUGCUUCUCUCUUUGGACGACCAAUCAUCAGCCAUACUCAGUAUCGGCGAACGCUUGAGUUUACGCCAAUUGGGCUCUUCUGCAAAGACUGAAGCCCAUGUCUUGCCCGUACCUUCCUUGAUCGAGAAGGAUACACGAAAACUCUCAGUCCUGACUAACCAGCGCAUCGAUGAACAUGGACCUGUUCAGGUUUUCCUUUGCUCGUCUCACAUUCCUCAAGCCGGUGCGGGCGGCAAUGCUUAUGCCAUCAACUUGGAUCUCUCUGGCGGCUCAUCGGGUUUUAUGCGCUUGUCCUGCAAAGACGCAGCCUCUGAUGCGAUUGCUCUUCCUGCAUCGACUUCAGGAUCUGCAUUCGCUUUCGACGAUGCUUCGCCGUUCACAUACAUCGAGUAUACGCUAAAAGACCUGUCUGACUACCAGUACGUGGCUGUCAUCGACAAGGCGAGCGAACUUACAGACGGCUGGGUGGUCGCCGAGUUCAGCGAUUCCGCAAAGUCAACCAUCACCGUAAAGAGAUCAUUGCGUAGCCUGAUGCUGAGUGGUAUGCACCGUAUUCUGCCGGCUACUCGUGCCAUGGUUAACGAGAUCCGCAUUCCACGCGUGCAUUCGAGCUUGCUGGCUUACACGCUGCACAUCCGCCAAAAGUGCAAGAGCGAGCCUCUUUUCCAGCCUUUGUUGAGACAAUAUAUUUCGGAGCCUUAUGAGUCAAAGUUCUUCCCCAACGUGCGAGGGGACGUUAACAUCAACUUGCACGGUGUGUCUCCCUACGUGCCACCACCAGCAAACGCAGCUCACACCAAGGACGGGCUUUCCCUCCAAAUCUGGUCGGACCCAACUUGCAACGCAGAGAUGGAAGUGGCUCUGGACAUCGAUAUCCUUGGCAGCUUGGGCAAGCUUUACAUGCGUUACAGAACUGUAUUUGCCGCGUUCCCCUUGGUCGUGGUGGCUUUGGUGUUGAGAAAACAGUUCAAAGUCUACGAUGCUACUGGCAUUUUCAUGAGCUUUUCCGAGGGCAUGGACCAGUGCAUUCGCACGUCUCUGCCUGUACUAUUUAUCGCGUUGUCAUUCUUGUCACUUGCUUUAGCGAACCAUGCCACUGCAGCAGUUGGAGAAGAGAUCCUCGGCCCCCAGCACGAGGCUACUGAGUCUUUUCUAGCAUUCACCAAGAAUGACCUGUUGCUCGGCUCUAACGAUCCGUUUUUCUUCUGGUUGGUGCCAUUAUUUGGAGUCAUCAGCGUUGGCGUCUGCAUCGUCAUCAACUACAUCGCAUUGGCUGUGACACAGAUCUUCACAUUCUGCUAUACGAAAAUAAGAAACGUGCGGCUGAGAAACGAUGAGGGAAGACGAACGACAACAGCAUUCGCAGUGACCAGCCCUCUACAACGUGUCAUUACAACCAGCAUCUUGCUCAUCAUGGUCGCGACCAUCAUUCCCUACCAAUUUGCCUAUCUAGUUCUCUGUCUCGUGCAACUCGCAACCUCGGUGCGCGCAUUGCGACUAGCACAAGAAACACGUUCUGGCAACAACUACAACUUCUACAAUUACGUCCACAGUCUCCUCGUCCUCAUGCUCUGGAUCCUCCCUAUCAAUCUCCCUGUCCUCGUCGUCUGGAUCCACAACCUUGCCGUCCACUGGCUGACUCCCUUUUCCUCCCACCACAACAUUCUCUCCAUCAUGCCCUACAUCCUCAUCGUCGAAACAAUGAGCACAGGUCACAUCAUCCCUCGCCUAUCCUCACCCUGGAAGCUGGUCAACAAUAUCAUGUUGUUCGCUUUAGCACUAUACGCAGCCAUCUAUGGUGUCAGUUACGCGUACGUCUUGCAUCAUUUGGUCAACGGCGUUUGCGCAUGGUUGGUAAUCGUGCACUUCGCACCAGUGUUGAGAAAAAGAGGAUCAGGCAUGGAGGCAGAACAACGUGGUGCUGGGAGUCCACCGCCUGGACCGCCGCAGGACGGACAUGUCAAGAAAAUACCUUGA